GAGAUGAUGGCCAUGGAGAGAAACAAUCACACCGUGACUGAAUUCAUCCUGGUGGGAUUCACAAGAGACCCUGUGAUACAGUUGGUCCUAUUUGUGGGGUUUCUUGGCGUGUACUCAGUGACCGUGGGGGGAAAUAUCACACUCAUUGUGUUGAUCUGUAAUGAUUCCCGGCUCCACACACCCAUGUACUUUUUCAUUGGUAAUCUGUCUUUUCUGGACCUCUGGUAUUCCUCUGUCUACACCCCGAAGAUCCUAGUGACCUGCAUCUCUGAGGACAAAAGCAUCUCCUUUGGUGGCUGUGUGGCUCAGUUCUUUUUCUCUGGUGGGCUGGCAUAUAGUGAAUGUUACCUCUUGGCUGCCAUGGCUUACGACCGCUAUAUGGCCAUAUCAAAACCACUGCUUUAUUCUCAGGCAAUGCCCAUCAGGUUGUGUGCACUUUUGGUGGCAGCCUCAUAUCUUGGUGGGUUUAUUAACUCUUCUGUCAUCACCAAAAGAACUUUUGCCUUGAACUUUUGUGGUGACAACGUCAUAGAUGACUUUUUCUGUGACUUACUUCCCCUGGUGAAGCUGGCUUGUGGCAGAAAAGAUGGCUACCAGAUUGUACUGUAUAUUCUCUUGGCUUUGAAUGUCAUCACCCCCACUGUGCUCAUACUUGCCUCCUAUCUCUUCAUCAUUGCCACCAUUUUGAAGAUCCGCUCCACCCAGGGCCGCCUCAAAGCCUUCUCUACCUGCUCCUCCCACUUGAUCUCCGUCACCUUGUACUACGGCUCCAUUCUCUACAUCUACUGCCAUCCCCGAUCAAGUGAUUCUAUGGAAAGAGACAAAAUAGUCUCUACCUUUUACACUGUGGUUUUCCCUAUGCUGAAUCCCAUGAUCUAUAGUCUGAGGAAUAAGGAUGUGAAAGAGGCUCUGAAUAAACUCUUUAAAUAA